AUGAGCGACCUGGAGUCAGUGUUGUCUCCUGCCACACCAUCUCCAAAAUCAAUCAGCGAGCUUCGUAGGGGCUACAUUACACAGGCCAAACGGAACAGCUGCCUCGCUGCCAGCACUGCCAGCGCACCCUGCACAGCCUCCACCAAGACACUGGGGAGGGAAUGGGGCGUGGGCGUUGGCCUGUACUUCGAGUUGCUGAAAUGGCUAAGAUGGCUCGCACUCCUAAUGAUGUUCUGUGCUAUACCGUUCCUGAUUGUGGUGACCAACAGCGUCUUUACGGAUGACGCCCACAAACAUGACCACACCUUCGGCGUCAAGCGGUAUGCGACCCCGGAAAUCCACUCGCUUACCUUCGCGGCCAUCGUGGACGACAGCGUGGAUAACGGCACCCUGCCGUACAUGAACACCUGGAUCGCAAACACAUGGAACGGGCCCAUGCGCAAGCGCACCUUCCUCUUGUGGAUAUCCCUGGUUGACGCGGGGUCCACGGUGCUGUUCCUGCUGGGCCUGGCGCUGCUGUGGUUCCGCUUGAAGCGGUUCGCCCGGGCCACGGACGAGGACACCCUGGAGGCCGCGGACUACACCGUCCUGGUGCGCGGGCUGCCGGCGGAUGCGGACGCGGUGCAGGUCGGGGAGCACUUCAGUCGUUAUGGCGAGGUGAUGGAUGUCGUGCUGGUGACGGACCGCCUGAGCGCCACGCUGCUGCACUGCAGUCGGGCGGCCCGGCUGCAGCAGCGGAGGGCCAUGGUGCUGGACGCGGCCAAGGUCCGGCACGCAGCCGACUGCGCCUCAAUGAUCGACAAGUUGGACCAGGGGUUGGCGGACAUCGCUGAGCAGAUCCGUGGUGUGACCGAGCGCCGGCAGCGGGUGAAGGCGGCCUUCGUCACAUUCGACUCGGAAACUGACCGCAAGCAGUGCACCGCGCUGUGCCCCAACAGCUGGUUGUCCAGCUUGUUCCAGAAGCGUCCAGACCGCUUCCGCGAGCGGCACUCGUUCUGGGUGCGGCGCGCAUCUGCUCCUGACGACUACCAGUUCGAGGACCUGGCGGUGUCGGAGUGGCAGCUGUUUGCCAGGGAGGCGGCACUCAACGUUGUGAUGCUGCUGAUGGUGCUGGUGUGUGCCGCCGCCAUCGCCAAGUUGACGGACAUCAGCAACCAGGAGAGCGCCCUCAUUAACUGGCGCCAGGACAGGCUGGUGGCGGACUCGGCGGCGGCUAUGGUGCUGUACGCCAACGCCAACGGCACACUCGCCGCCACGCCGGAAGCCACCGCCGCCGCCGCCGGAGACAUGUUCGGCGGGGAGCUGUAUCCCCAGUUGGAGGCCUUCUGUUCGCGGCACCUGCAGGGCGCGUGCUCGUCAAGGUUACAGUCCGAGUACGGCGGCCUGGUGCGGGUGCUGUACGGCGUAGGGCCCAAGUGGUUCAACGCGACGUCGCGGUUGCUGUUCGAGCGUGCUGUCCAGCAGGAGCUGGAGUGCUCCAUGCGCACCUCCCGCAGCAGUGUGACGUGUCAGCUGCAGGGCUGUCUGCCGUGUGUGUGUUUGGGGAUAUCUCUCCGGGCCCCCGUGAGCAGCGGAGGGAGCUCCAGCGGCCCGAGCGACAGCGACCCGGCGGCCGUGUGCUGGGACUACGUGAAUGAGCUGGACGUGAGGAGCUGGGGCAUCCGGCUGUCCAUUUCCGCCGUUGUGGCCGUCCUCAACUCCUUCAUCAAGUGGCUGCUGGGGGUGCUGGUGCUGCAGGGCCGCCACUGGACCCACACCGACCGGGAGAGGUCCUUCGCGCUGCAGAGCUUCCUGGCCAUGCUGUUCAACACGGUGGUGGUGCUGCUAGUCACCAACUGCGAGCCCCUCGCCAAGCUGGCGCGGGAGAGCGAGAACAGCAACUGGACCCGCUUCUUCGUGCGGUACGGAUCGUACAGCGACUUCACGCCCGGCUGGUACGAGAACGUGGGGCUGUCCAUUUUGAUCCUCAUGGCCAUCAACGUGGGCAGUCCGGUGCUGAGUCUGCUGUUGGACGAGCUGCUGCUGGUGGCCCGGCGGUGCUGCGUGCGCUACUGCCUGGAGUGGCCGCUGCAGUCCGACUACGACUCGGCCUGGACCAGGCCCAGGUUCACCCUGGCGCAACGAAUUGCAGGUGGGAGGGUGGGGGUGGGCGGCGGUAUGCCCCUGCUGUACCUGGUGCUGGCGCUCUACCUGCUGGCGGCGGAGCUGGCGGACCGCUGGGCGCUCACUCGGCUGUGCCGGGGGGCGCCCCGGUACAACAAGGGGCUGGUGGAGCUGGUGAUGGCCCUGUUGCCCUGGAUGGCAGUUGCACACUGCGCCUUCGGUCUGUGGAUGCACACCUAUUUCUCUGUGUCGUACAAGUACGACAGCAUCAUCCCGGAAGUGUCCCAGCUGAGUGCGGCCGUCAACCAGCUGGCGCUCAGCAGCCCGGCCUUGGCGGGCAGCUCCUCCGGCGGCUUUGAGGCGUCUCCCGAGCUGACCGGCGUGCGGGUGCUGAUCCGCAUGACUCAGGCUAACGGUCUGGCGCUGCUGCUGGUGAUGGCUGUGGUGGUGCUGUGGCUGGUCGUUGGACGGUAUUCGUUAUGGCGGCUGUUGUCCUGCGUGGGCCGUGUGGCGGCCGCCCAGCACUGCUGCACCCCCCGGGGCCAGGGGGGUUGCGGCCUCACGCGCUGUGGCGGGAAGCACGACGGUGACAUGGAGCAAGCGGCUGUAAAUACGGUGCCGUACGGGGAGGCUCUUGUUAAGGGGCAGCUGCACGGCGCCCCCACGUACCGCCUGGCGCACAACCCGCACUACCUGCAGUACUUUGCUGCAUCCGGUCUGAACCGUUCCAUGGGGGUGGCGGCCCUUGUGAUGGCGGCGGCUAACGGCGGCACACAGCGGCGGAGUGUGUACACCCGCCUGCUGCUGCUCCCACCGCCGCUACCCUUCCACAUGUCCCGACAAGCCAACAAGCAGUCCCAGUCCCCCUCCCCCGCCCCCACUGCUACCCGGCUGCAUGUCACCCCCCCCACCCCCCCCACCCCCGCCCCCACCGCGGGGCCCCGGGACGUCACGGAGCUACUGCUGCUGCGGGACGAGCAAAUGCAGCUACAGCUACAGCUGCGGGGCUCAAUGCCGUCACUCAUGCUGGGUCCGGGUCAGCCCCCGCACGAGGACGAGGAGGCGGCUCAGGAGGAGGAGAAGGGGGAAGGCAGGGGAUUGGCUGCGACGGCGGCGGCUGUCGUCCGCAUCGUCAACGCGCCCAAUGGCGGCGGCGGUGCUGUUGCGGUUGCGGUUGCCGACGGCGGCGGCGGCGGCGGCGGUUCCGAAACCAGGGCCACGUCAGGCCCGGGAGGCACCAUCAGGAAGGGGACCGCGGCUGGGGCCCCCGCCACGGGUACUUCCAAGGCCUCGCUGUGCCAUACCCGAAGCGCUCCUCUGCCCUCCACCUCCCCCACCCCCCCGCUACACAUCCCCUUCAACAUCCUGGUCAUCGGCGCCAGCAACCUGGGCAAGACGCGCUUCGUUGCCGACCUCCUGCAAGCGUGUGGUGGCGGGGGGGGUGGCGGGGGGGGUGAUGUGUCGAUACGCUCCGUCCGGGGCGCCAACUCCACGCUGUACCUGGCCAAGCUGAUGGAGUAUGUGCUGUGGCAGCGGGAGAAGGACUUCCGGCGGGCCGCCGCCUCCGCCGCCGCCGCCGCCACCGCUGCUAGUGCGGGAGGAGGUGUCGGGGCCGGGGCGCCCCCGGGUUCGUGCCACUCCCUGUCGUUGUGCCUCUACUUCCUCCCGCCCCGCGAGGACGUCUCCGCCACCGACCUGGUGCUGAUGUCAGCUCUCAGUCGGGAGGUGCCGCUGCUGCCAGUGGUGGCGGUGGGAGGGGGAGGGGGACGAGGGGACCCACCACGGACUCCUGCUGGUGGUGGUGGUGGUGGUGGUUACGACAGCGCCCCGGUGGCGCCGGAGGAGGUCGGGCGGUUAGUUGUGGAGGCCAUGCGGACCUUCCAACGGAACGGGGAGGGGGAGGAGGUGUCCGUGCCCCGGGGUGGCGCGGAGCUCUUCCUCCGGCUGCUGUUGCUCUCCCCCGGGGCCGUGGAGGCCGUACUGCGGGGUGGCGAGGACAGGUACCUGGACUUCAUUCGGCGAUACGAGGACUGCGACCAGGACCUGAUGUGCCUGCUGGCGGAGCUGCUGGGGCCGUACGACAGGAUGUUACGGCAAGCCGCCGCCGCAGCUGAGGCCACCAGCAAGGCCGCCGCAGCCGCAGCGCUCCCACAGGUCGCCUCAACCCCUCCGUCGCCGCCUGCAGCUGCUGCUGCUGCUGGUUCCCUCUCCCCCCGGCCGCCCACCCCUGAGCCUCUGACGGAGGUGAAGGCCGCUCCGGGCACCCCCCCGCUGUCGCCCUCGGAUGGCGAGGAGGAGGCUGGUUUCGGAGGGGGCGGGGGCGGGGGAGGAGCGACUGAGGGGAAGGCGACGGCUGUGGUGGCAGUAGCAGCAGUGGGAAAUGGACCUGUUGCGAGCUCCGAUGUGGUUGAGGUGGUUGCGAUGCUGCUAGGCGGGGGGGUGAGGGGGGAGUUGCGAGUGGGGCCGGCCCAGGAGGCGGGGGAGGUGGGGGAGGCGGGGGGUGCGAGUGGGGGGAAACUGGUGCAAGGGGGGGCUGCCGAAGGCGGCAGCGGCUGCAGGCUACAGCUGCUACAGAGGGGUGGGCAGCUGUCAGCGGCAGUAGCAGCAGCACCGGCAGCAGUAGCUGUUGCGAGUGAUGAGCGGAGGGUGUCCGGGGAUCCGUCGUUGGGUUCAGGCCCGGGGGGCCUCGUUGCCGUCGCGGCCCCGGACACCCCCCUGCUAGAGGGGGAGGGGGGAGGAGGAGGAGGUACUUCACAUCAGCGGCAGCCCGGGGGGGUGCGAGAGGAAAUACCGCCACCUCGCAUUAGGGAUGGAGAGGCUGUGGAGGCUGUAGCUCAUUUUGCCGUACAGCACGACAGCGCUACCCUGAUGGCCCAUGCCGUUGCCGAAGAGGAUACGGAGGCCGUACACAUUGUCGUACGCCGUAUAUUCGCAGCUGUCGUCGCCAACGCUACCGCCGAAGGGGAUGCAAACGUCGUACAUUGCGUCGUACGCCGUGUGUUCGCUGCUGUUUCAGCGAGCGCCGCCGCGAGAGAAAACGCGGCCGUCGUACAUGACAUCGUACACGGGGUUUUUAUGGCCGUACUCGCCAGCGCCGCUUCCAAGGAGAGCUCGGCUCCUCGGCAACAGCACCUGCACGCGACCGGACCUCGGGCGGUCGGGGUGACGUCAGCGUGCACAGACGCGAGCAGCCGCCUUCUGGGUGUGAGCAGAUUUGUACGGCAAUCCCUAUCGGCCGUGUACGACCAGCUGGACAAGGUCCUGGUGGCGGCGGCUGUUUCCUACUCGUCGUCCUGGAGGCUGCACCCGCCACCCCCGGGCGGGGCAACACGUUGGGGCUCCGAAACCGCGUUGUCCGCCACGGUUGCAGCGCCAGCCGUUCAGGAGGAUGUCCCGGCUGUCGUACAUGGCGUCGUACAGCGGGCUCUUGCGGCUGCGGUGGCGAGCGCAGCAACCACCGAUGCGAAUCUCUUCGCGGCGCUGCCGACGGCGGUUUCCGAGCGCGAGGUUGACCCGGUGGUGGCGCGUGUUGUACGACGAGUUAUGGCCCGUGUCGCGGAGCAGCCGCCCGCCGCCGACCCCCCCGCGCCCCCCUCGCAGCGGCAGCUGAUGUCGUCCCGCGGCGGUAGCGGCUGGGGUCGACUUGGAUCGGGCUACUGCCGGACGGAUAUGUUGCAGUACCUGAAGAGCUUCGUGGUCAGCAGUACGACAUCUGCCACCGGCGGCGGCGGCGCCGCCAGCGGGCGAGAGUCUUUGUUUCCCCGUGGCGGCGCUACCCCUCCCCCUCCCCCUCCCCCUCCCCCUCCCCCUCCCCGCCUGUCCGGUGUGGGUGUGGGUAUUGGUGUGGCUGCAGGUGCCCUGAUAGUGGUGGGGGUGCUGGCGUUACGCCCCAAGCAGGCGCAUCAGGGAGUCACCUCCCCCCCCUUCCGCACCUCCGCUUCCUUUCCCGUCCGCCCAUUCCGGCGUGUGUGGGUGUGGGUGUGGGUGUGGGUGUGGGUGUGGGGCCCGACUGGUGCCCACCGCGAGGUGGCCAGGCUGCUGGCUUACGUAUUAUUGGUUCAUUGUUAUUGA